AUGAGCACCAAAAUAUCUGUCCUACGGCUCUACAGGCGCUCCCUGAAGCUGGCCUUGGACUGGGCUGUCCACCGAUAUCUCUGGAGAGGACAGGCUCUCUACAUACGUGGUCUUUUUGAAGCCAAUAAGCAUGUGACCGAACCGCGACAGCAACGGGAACUCAUCAAGGAGACAGAAGCUUUACUGGAGAAGUGGAAGCAUCCAGAUCCGUACCGUCCGCCAACAGCCCCAGGAGGAUCCAAGUACGAGCGCAACCUACCAGCACCAAUUCUCGACCCCCCACCGAAGAUGACGUUGUAG